CUCCAUGGCCGCGGCGGCGCUGCGGGGCGGGGAGUGGUCGUGCGGCCGCUGCACCUUCCUGAACGCGGCGCGGGUGCCGCGCUGCUCCAUGUGCGAGGCCCCGCGGCAGAAGCCCGACCUGAACCACAUCCUGCGCCUGAGCGGCGCGGAGGAGCAGGGCUGGGCCUGCCCCCGCUGCACCCUCAGCAACCCGCAGGGCUCCGGGGCCUGCUCCGCCUGCGGCUUCAGCCCCGCCCCCAACGGCCCGCUCCUGCCCAGCGCCUCCGCGCCCGCGCCCGGCCCCGCCCCCCUCGGCCCCGCCCCCGCCCCGCCCCCCGUACCCUCGGCCCCGCCCCCGGAGCCCUGCAGGCAGCAGCCCAGGGAGGAGCCGUCGCCGCCACCGCCGCCGGCGCGCAAGGCGGACAGCAACGGGGAGACGGCCCCCCCUGAGCAGCAGCAGCAGCAGCGGCCCGGCUGGGCCUGCCCCCGCUGCACCCUCCACAACACGUCCGUGGCCCUCUCCUGCUCCGCCUGCGGGGGGCCCCGCAAGCUCUCCCUGCCCAAAAUCCCCCCGGAGGCGCUGGUGGUGCCCGAGGUCCACACGCCGACCGCCGCCUUCCCCGUCCCGGCCCAAAGCGCGGGGCCCGUCCCGUUCCUGAUCGACCUGACCGAGGACUCGCCUCCCCCCCCCGCCCCCCCGGAGCCCCAGGAGCCCCCGCACUGCGGCCCCCUCCCCUCCCUGCAGAACAACCCCGUGCCUCGCAGCCGCCGCGAAGUCCCGCCCACCGGCAGGCCUUCCAACCCCUCCCCCGGCUCCGCCCCCGCCCCGCCCCCGGCUCCGCCGCCGCCGCCCCCCCGGCCCAAGCCCCGGCACGCCCAGCCCCAGCCGCAGGAGCCCCCUUACCCCGGCAAGCGGCUGAGCACGCUGGAGGAGGAGCCGCUCCCCCCCCCGGCCCCGACCCCGACCCCCUGCUGGAAGUGCCCCGCCUGCUCCCAGCCCGGCCCGUCCGGCUCCGCCCCCUGCCCGUCCUGCCGCCCCUCCUCGUCCCGCGGCGACCUCAUCGACCUGGCGGGGGAGUCGGUGCGCUUCACGCCGGCCGGCCCGUCCAGCCCGGACUUCAGCGCCUGGUCCUGCUCGCAGUGCACCCUCCGGAACCCCACCGCCGCGGCCGAGUGCAGCGCCUGCGGCUCGUCCAAGCUCCGCGGCUUCCAGGAGCAGCCGUCCUGCUGCCCCCGCUGCGGGGGCCCCGCGUCGGGCGGGCCCUGCUCCUGCGCGGGGGGGGGCGCCGGCAGGGGCCCGCCGCCGCGGAAGCAGCUGGCCUGGGUCUUCCCCUCGCCGCCGCCCCCCGCGGAGGAGAAGGGGACCCACUGGCCCUGCCCGGCCUGCACGCUGCUGAACGACCUGCAGGCGGCGCACUGCGCGGCCUGCCACACCCCGCAGAGGUACCUCACCCUGCGCAGGGGCGCCAAGCCGCUGAAGAGGCGCGAGAGCAUGCACGUGGAAGCCCGUCGCCGUAACGACGAGGGCGAGGCCACCGAGCUCUGGGAGAACAUCGCCGGCUUCUGCCGAGAGAACAGAGUGAACUUCGUGGAUGACAGCUUCCCCCCCGGACCCCAGUCGGUGGGCUUCCCCGACGGGGACAGCGUCCAGCAGCGAGUCAAGAAGUGGCUCCGCCCCCAGGAGAUCAACUGCAACAACUUCAAGGACCGCGUGGUCAAGUGGUCCGUGUUCCGCACCCCCCGACCGUCGGACAUCCUGCAAGGCCUGCUGGGAAACUGCUGGUUCCUGAGCGCGCUGGCGGUGCUGGCGGAGCGGCCCGAGCUGGUGGAGCGGGUGAUGAUCACGCGGUCCAUCUGCCAGGAGGGGGCGUACCAGGUGCGGCUCUGCAAGGACGGAACCUGGACCACCGUGCUGGUGGACGACAUGCUGCCCUGCGACGAGUACGGCUACCUGCUCUUCUCCCAGGCCCAGAGGAAGCAGCUGUGGGUGGCCCUGAUCGAGAAGGCGCUGGCCAAGCUGCACGGCUCCUACUUCGCCCUGCAGGCGGGCCGGGCCAUCGAGGGGCUGGCCACGCUCACCGGCGCCCCCUGCGAGUCGCUCAUGCUGCAGGUCAGCUCCACCAACCCCCGCGAGGAGCCCAUCGACACCGACCUCAUCUGGGCCAAGAUGCUCAGCUCCAAGGAGGCCGGAUUCUUAAUGGGAGCCUCGUGUGGAGGUGGGAACAUGAAGGUGGAUGACACGGUGUACGAGUCGCUGGGACUCCGCCCCCGCCACGCCUACUCCAUCCUGGACGUGCGCGACGUGCAGGGCUUCAGGCUGCUGAGGUUGCGUAACCCCUGGGGACGCUUCUCGUGGAACGGCAGCUGGUCGGACGAGUGGGCGGACUGGCCCCCGCACCUGCGCGGCGAGCUGAUGGCGCACGGCAGCGGGGAGGGCGUGUUCUGGAUGGAGUACGGCGACUUCAUCAGGUACUUUGACUCGGUGGACAUCUGUAAGAUCCACUCGGACUGGCAGGAGGUGCGCCUGCAGGGCUGCUUCCCCAGCCGGGCCAGCGGGCCGGUCACCGUGACGGCGCUGACGGUGCUGGAGAGGACGGCGCUGGAGUUCGCCCUCUUCCAGGAGGGCAGCCGGCGCUCGGACACGGUGGACAGCCACCUGCUGGACCUGUGCAUCAUGGUGUUCCGCGCGUCCUUCGGCAGCGGCAACAAGCUGACGCUGGGCCGGCUGCUCUCCCACAGCAAGCGCGCGGUCAAGAAGUUUGUGGGCUGCGACGUGAUGCUGGAGCCGGGGGAGUACGCCGUGGUCUGCUGCGCCUUCAACCACUGGUACUUCGAGCCACACACGCCUGUUUCCAGUCCCACCAGCAGUGGGCGCCUCAACCAGGACUUCCCAGGGUACAUCUUGGCCAUCUACAGCUCUCGGCAGGUGAUGGUGGAGCAGGUGGAGGCCAUGGCGACCACCGUCGCCGAUGCCAUUAUUCUGCUGACCGAGGACAAAGGAGAAAGACAUGAGGGCAGAGAGGGGAUGACGUGCUACUACCUGACGCACGGCUGGGCGGGGCUCAUCGUGGUGGUGGAGAACCGCCACCCCAAGUACUACCUGCACGUGUCCUGCGACUGCACCGACAGCUUCAACGUGGUGUCCACCCGCGGCAGCCUGAAGACCAUCGACAGCGUCCCGCCCCUGCACAGGCAGGUGCUGGUGGUGCUGUCCCAGCUGGAGGGGAACGCGGGGUUCUCCAUCACGCACCGGCUGGCGCACCGCAAGGCGGCGCAGGCCUCCCUGGGCGACUGGACGCCCACCAAGGCCACCCACAGCCCCCAGCUCACCCCCGACAUCGACGGGCUCCAUCGGCCCCGCCCCCUAUGACCCCGGCCCCCACCGGCCCCGCCCUUCUAUGACCCCGGCCCCCACGGCCCCGCCCCUCUAUGACCCCGGCCCCCACCGGCCCCGCCCCCCUAUGACCCCGGUCCCCACCGGCCCCGCCCCCUAUGACCCCGGCCCACUCCCUGCUGGGGGAGGGGCGUGGCCCUUCAAACCAGGGCAGGACUUCGGACCGCACGCAGACAAGGGAGGGGAGGGGAGGGGAGUCCGCCCGUCCCCUCCUGUAGAUCUUUCCUCAGAGAGAGAACUGUGGUCCUGCCAAAAAAAAAAAAAAGUCUUUCGGUUUCGGGUUUGCGUCCCGUGCAUUGUGCUGUUCCAGGCCAGCCGAGGAAGGUGCUUUUCGUCGCGGGGAAGGGGCUACGUUUCUGCAUGGAGGGGGGAGUUUUUGGGGGGGGGGUUUGGUCAGCCCUCCACCCGCGGCCCCUUUCGGAUGGUACGUCCCUCCCGGCCCGCCUUUACGACCCGCCGACCUCCUCCGCCUGACCUCCGCCUGACCUUGGCCCCCGGCGACGGGCCCAACUGCGGCGGCGGGCUUCCAGAAGCUUCCGCCGCUUAAAGAAGGCGGAGCCAGCCUGGUCGUCUGCGUAUGGGCCUGUCGGUUGUGUCUGGAAACUUUUUUAUUUGCUUUUUUAUUUUUUUUUGGUUUGUUUUUUUUUUUUUUACAUCUUCAUUUUUGCAGUUUUGUCUUCGACUUAAUCGUGUAAUUUUUCGGGUUUGCGUGGAGCUCACCAGCUGUGGAUCCUCAGGGUCAAACUCCUUUGCUGUGCAGUGACAUUACGCAGCUGUACAGUACGUCACCCCAGGAGGGGUGGAGGCUGCUGGGGGCGGGGGGGGUGGGGGGUGGGGGUGGGGGGGGGGUUCCAUUAUGAGCUUAAUAGGUUCUUAAUCUGUGGUAAUUGGCUGAGGUAGAUGGUCACUGUGUUUCCGGUGUGUGGAGACUGCGGGCUAGCGGUCGUAGCCUGUCUCGCUACGUCCUCCCUUCACUGCUGUCGGUUAGCUUUCGCCUGCUCUUACUGGGGCCCGCGUCCUCCCGUAUAAAUCCCAUUAGAGUUCCAUUUAUUUACCGCCGCUUAUAACAGGCCCGUUGCCAUGGCACCGGCGGAUAGCUGCGAGCGACGCUGCGGGCGCAACCGGUUCCCGAGCCGUUUGUUGACAGCGCGGGCCGCGUCGCUCGUUCGUUUCGCGGCGUUGCAUCACCCGCCCCCGCGUGCCCUCGCUCCUCAGCCGAGGCGGCUGCGCCGCGUCGCCUGGUCGAGAAGCGCUCGUCCCCGGACAGACGCUCUCCCGCCCGCGCCUCGCGCCCGCCAGCGGCCAUCCUCUGCCGGGUUCGAUCGGUGGCCGUUUCGCGUGUGAGAGAGGCUGGGCCCGGCUGUGUAAUGCAGUCGCCAGGAAACGGAAACUGCGGCGCUCUACGGGGCCCUGGGUCAGCCUUACCAUCGCUCACACCGACAACAGGAAGGGGAAGGUCAAAGGUCAUGUCACCCUCUCUCACUGUUCACAGGUAUUCAGGAACACAUCCAAGGUUUAAAUAUAAAUUAUGUAUAAGCUUGGUGUCGUUAGUAACCAGCACACAUCAAACUCUCAUUGUGGGGCUGGUCCCCGACCCUGAGCACCAUCCCCGACCCUGAACACCAUCCCCCACCCUGACCACCAUCCCCCACCCUGAGCACUGUCCCCAAACCCUGAACACUGUCCCCUACCCUGAGCACCGUCCCCCACCCUGACCACCAUCCCCCACCCUGAGCACUGUCCCCUACCCUGAACACUGUCCCCCACCCUGAACACUGUCCGCCACCCUGACCACCAUCCCCCACCCUGAGCACUGUCCCCUACCCUGAACGCUGUCCCCCACCCUGAACACUGUCCCCACCCUGAACACUGUCCCCUACCCUGAACACUGUCCCCUACCCUGAGCACUGUCCCCCACCCUGACCACCAUCCCCUACCCUGACCACCAUCCCCCACCCUAAACACUGUCCCCUACCCUGACCACCAUCCCCCACCCUGAACACUGUCCCCUACCCUGAGCACUGUCCCCCACCCUGACCACCAUCCCCCACCUGAACACUGUCCCCCACCCUGACCAUCAUCCCCACCCUGAACACUGUCCCCUACCCUGAGCACUGUCCCCCACCCUGACCACCUCCCCACCCUGAACACUGUCCCCUACCCUGAGCACUGUCCCCUACCCUGAAUACUGUCCCCCCACCCUGACCACCAUCCCCUACCCUGAGCACAAUCCCCAAAUGAAAGUGUUUAGUGCAAAAUCUAGAAAGGAAAUCAAGCUCCUCUCCUCUCACCACUUUUUCCAUUCACAAGAUGUUUGUUCAUUCCAAUCAGGUAAACAAACCACUUUUUUGGCAAGUAAACAGAAGUGUAGGACAUCAAAAAAGAGAUUAUCAAUUCUGCAGGGGGAUGGAGGGAUUAAGCUUUGAUGAGAAUUUUGUUAGGAAAGCAUUUUUCCUCCUGGAAUAUUUUACUGGUAAGCAGAGAUCCCUGGGCAGAACUGAGCAGAAUACCGUAUGCUAACAUUUGGUGUUUUCAAUCAAGUAUCUGCAUUUAUAUAAAACAGUUCAUUGCAGUUCUCAGCUGUCGUUGACUGUGGCAUGGCAGAGGUUAAGAUUAAGACUUUCGGCAGUUCACCUUUUCCUUAACUGAGUGUAGCAGGUUUUUAAAAAAAAUAAUAAUAAUCAUCCUUUACCUCUAUUUGUUCCUACACAAAAUCUGACAGUAGCUGAAAGUAACGACAUGUGCAUGAUUAUUUUUUAUUUAGUUCCUACUUGAAUUUGGUGCACAAAUAUAAGGACUGAGCAUAUUUCAGUUCCGUGAAAUGGAGGUCCGUUUGAAUGUCUCUGUGUUUCCUUCUGUGUUUGUCUUUUUAUUUUGGGAUGGUGCCAUCUCAAAAACGCUGGAUUUCGAGCUCCAGAAUGUAAUGACAGAAGGGUGCUGUGUGGUUUUUUUCUGUGGAUGCUAAACAGGGUAACUUAUUAAUUAAGACUAUCCAAACCAGCCUCUCAAUCCGAGUCAUUUGAAACUUGAAUGGAAUAUAUGAAAUGUUUGGGACGUUUUGCGAAGCAAACACAAGGCUGCUCUUUGUAUUUAAAGAAAGAUCUUGGUGUUUUCUGCACGUGAAAUAGCCAUCGCAUUAAUGUUGUGUUUUGUUCAGUCUGGAGGCCCUGUGUAGUGUUGAAUGAAUACUGAUGACUGUUGUGCAACCUGACAGCCUUGACACAUUAAGACACACGUGGUUUAUACUAUGGAUGAUACGUCUUCUCUCUCUCUCGCCAUGUUUUAUGGAUGAAUAUGGUAAUGAUGUUUGUGGGAACCGCAAGAAACCCCGGAGGUUAAUCUGCUACCCUCGAUGGAAGCUAGAGGAUUCUGUGAACUGGGACGCGUGCAUGUGUUUCGCCAAGAUGUUCGAAUCGGUGAGACGAACAGAAGCGGUUACGUAUGAGCAGAGCCUUGCCCAUUACCAAUGAACUCAACCCCCCCUACGAAAAGCCAACCCACCGCUGUUGCAGCUGAUCGUGGUGAAGCACAGGGAUUGUACGUCUUUCGUUUGCAAAAACGCUCUGUUCAAUUUCACGUCCUUACCUCCUCAUCUUCUGGGUCAUCUCAUCUGCGGUACGAUCGCGUUUGAAUGUUAAGGGAAAUCUCUGGCUCUCGGCGUGCUUUUUUUGCCACCCUCCGUCGUCAGAGGGCUUGACUUGUCCUUUUUGCUAAAUUGUACAGGUACCAACCCUCCUUUGCCAAGCUGUGAAUACUUUUAUCCUUGGAAAAAAAAAAGAAUCAAGAUCGACGUAUGGCAGAACUACAAAGGAACACUUUUUGGGGUGGAGAAUUAUACAAGGAAUAUUUUAUCCAUUUUAGAAUACAGAACAAUCUAUAUGUAAAGAAUAUGUAUGUAUAGUUAGUUUGCAAACUCAGGUUCCAAAGGACCAAAUAAAGGAUUUGUUUUUUA